AUGUCAGCUGUAAAUGACACCAAAUUCAACUCUGCAGUGUUCCUUCUCACCGGGAUACCUGGGCAGGAAGACGUCUACCUGUGGAUCUCUAUCCCCAUCUGCUUAAUGUAUGUUAUUUCGAUAGUAGGAAAUUCAAUCAUUCUGUUCAUUAUAAAAACAGAUCCGAGCCUCCACGAGCCCAUGUAUAUUUUCCUUUCCAUGUUGGCCGUCACAGACCUUGGCUUUUCGAUGGUCACGAUACCGACGAUACUGGGUAUAUACUUUUUCAACUCUAGGGAGAUCAGCCUAAAUGCCUGUUUUGUCCAGCUGUUCUUCAUCCACUCGAUUGCAAAAUUUGAAUCCUCCGUGCUGUUGUUGAUGGCCUUUGACCGCUUCAUCGCAAUCUGUAACCCACUGAGAUAUGCUGCCAUCUUAACCCCACCGAGAAUAGCCAAAAUGGGACUUGUGUUUAUGGUAAGAGGAGUGGUCAUAAUAUUCCCACUCCCCUUUCUCCUGAAACGGUUCCGAUACUGUUCAGACAAUGUCCUCUCCCAUUCCUACUGCCUGCACCAGGAGGUCAUGAAGAUGGCUUGUUCAGAUAUCAGAGUCAACAGCAUCUAUGGUUUGUGUACCACACUCUUAACGGUGGGGUUGGACUCGCUGCUCAUUUUUCUCUCUUAUGUGAUGAUCCUCAAAACAGUGCUGAGCAUCGCAUCCCAUGAGGAGUGCCUGAGGGCCCUGAACACCUGCAUCUCCCACCUCUGCGCCGUCCUGGUUUUCUACAUACCAGACAUUGGCCUGUCUGUGACACACAGAUUUGGGAAUAGCUCUUCUCACUUGCUUCAAAUGGUCCUGGGCUAUUUCUACCUGCUGGUCCCGCCCCUGAUCAAUCCAAUCGUGUACAGUGUGAAAAGCAAACACCUUCGUGAGAGAAUAAUCAGGGCAUUUGUCAAGUGA